AGCCGAGUGGCGUCACGCUCCGGAGGCCUCGGGUGGGGACUGCGCUCCCUCCCGCGCGCUCGCAUCCCAUCCCGCGGUGCCCGCCUCGCAGUCUGGAGCGCGGGGCAUGGCGCAGAGGCCCGCCGAGGCUACCGGGCUCUACCGGGCGGUGCUGCUCAGGUCGGCCUCCAUGUACUCAGAGAUCCAGAGGGAGCGGGCAGACAUCGGGGGCCUCAUGGCUCGGCCAGAGUACAGAGAGUGGAACCCCGAGCUCAUCAAGCCCAAGAAGCUGCUGAACCCCGUGAAGGCCUCCCGGAGCCACCAGGAGCUGCACAGAGAGUUGCUCAUGAACCACAGAAGGGGCAUCGGAGUAGACAGCAAGCCCGAGCUGCAGCGCGUCCUGGAGCACCGCCGCCGGAACCAGCUCAUCAAGAAGAAGAAGGAGGAGCUGGAGGCCAAGCGGCUGCAGUGCCCCUUCGAGCAGGAGUUGCUGAGACGGCAGCAGAGACUGAAUCAGCUGGAAAAACCACCGGAAAAGGAAGAAGACCACGCCCCGGAAUUUAUCAAAGUCAGGGAAAACCUCCGGAGAAUUGCUACCCUGACCAGUGAGGAGAGGGCUCUGUAAGGGCCCACACUGCCCGGACGCCUCUGCAGCCCCCCACCCCACCCCACCCUGCAGGCCUGGGUCCCCGGCCAACUGUGAUGCUGACACUGCUCGCAUAGAAAUGUGUUGCCCCUGGGUCUCGGCGCUGGCUGGGCAGCUAGGGACACCUGAGCUCCUGGGCUUUUCCUUCUGCCCAUUUGUCCCUCCUGCCAUUAUCAGGAAAUGAAACCACUGCCAGGAAAGCCUCCACACACCCUUCCUGAUUCUGAGCCCAGCAGAAGAGGCCUUCCUGGCAGACCUGGAAAGGAGGGACAGGUCUUGGGGAGUGUCCAUGUGGGGCAGAACCGGGUUUCAAGGACUCCUGCCUUGAAAGGCACCAAGCAGAGAGAGGCUGAGCUGUGGGUGGGACAGGAAGGGCAGGGCAGCUCAGAGGCAGCUACCACAGCCAGGCGGGGAGGGGACAAACCAAGACAGGUUUCCAGCCCCCACCCCCUGCUAUGCCUCGAUUUCGAUUUCUCCUCCUCCUCUUCUUCCUCCUCCUCCUCCUCCCCCGGGGCCUCUCAAGCCCCACCACCACUCCCAGCCAGGCUGCAGCUCCCCAACCUCAGUAGCGCUUCUCCAUGUUCACUGCAUAGAAAUCACAGGGGAUCUUGAUGAAACAGCUUUGGUCAGCAGCUCUGGGCCAGGAGCUCAGGUUCCGCAUGUCUAACCUGCUGUCAGGGAAGGGUGCUUUGAGAACCCUCUUGGGAGUGGCAAGGCUGUGGCACCCAGCGGUAGCCAUGCUGGUGGCCCACCCCAGGGACUCCUGGCUCUGGAAGACAUCCACCCCACAAACCACGUUGGUUAUGGGACAGUCACUUUCCCCAGAGAUGUCCAUAACUGCCAAUCUACAUUUCCCACAGUGUGACUACACCAUUGUGGAAUUUCUGCUAAAAAGAAAAAUAACUCUGCCUUUUCUUACAGCCUCUUUGGGAAGCAAAUGUGCAGGGAUUUGCAGAGGGCUUCUAGAAAUGCAACAGUAGCUUGAAGACCCCACUGCGUGCUGAUGGACUGGGCUCUCUGGCCUUGGUCCCCUGAGGCCCCUGAAAACACCUGGGCCUCCUCCAGGAAAUCCACCUGUUUUUCCCGACCCGGAUAUUUUACUCUUUGACACCUAUGCCAUUCUUAACAAUCUAGGGAAUAAGCCUGCCAUGUUUCUUUUCCCCUGAAGAGUAAACUUCUCUGCCUCAAGCUUGGCGAGCCAUUCAUUGAAGUGGCCUGGGAGGGCAGCACACCUGGACAAUCCCAGCACCCUGGGAGGCUGAGGCAGAAAGAUCGGAAGUUCGAGGCCAGUCUGGGGAACUUAGCAAGACCCUGUCUAAAAAUAAAAAGGGUCAGGGAUGUGACUGAUAGAAUCCUUGCCUAGCAUAUGCAAGGGGCUAAAUUCGCUGAGGGAUACAGGCAAGAGGGAUACAGGCAAGACAGUGUCCAGAUGGGCUAGGAAUGCUUGAGGUUUCAGCCAGGGAUCCCCAGUGUGGCUCCACAGAAAUGAGGCCUCAGGUGUAAAAGGGACCUAAAACAUCCUGUCAUCUAGCGGGUCCAAGGCAGACACCUUGGUACUCCCUGUUGGACAUUCCCAGCUCCACUCUCUGCCCCUGGACAGCUGAGACCUCCAGAGCCUUCAGUCCCCUCCCCAUGAGACAGGCUAUAAAUCCUGAUUCUCAUGGCUGUAAUCUGCUUCAAAGCUCACGGUGACCAUGUGACCAGGUAUGGCCAAUGAAACUGAAAUCUACAGGAGCUUUGAGAAACAUGCUUUUCUGAAUUAAAAAAAACAAGACAUGUGCCUAGUUCCUUCCCCACCCCCUCCUUUUUUCCUGCUUCAAUUGAUGAUGUGAUGCCUGGAACCAUAGCAGCCACUUUGCUACAGGAGAAAAAGGCCAAGAGAAUCACAAGAGAUCCUUUGACCCAGCCAAUGCCAACAGCUAUCUUUCUCAAGAAUUCUUGUAAAUAGUAAUAAAGCCUUGUUUGUCUAA